AUGAACAAUGUGGCACCGGAGCUUCUAGGUGGAGUUGUAUAUGCGUCUGAUGCAUAUCUAGUAUGGGAAGAUCUGCGAGAGAGAUUCAACAAGGUAAAUCGUGUUAGGAUUUUUCAAUUGCACCGUGAAAUUGCUACAUUAUCUCAAGGAACGAAUUCUGUUUCAGUAUAUUUUUCAAAAUUAAAGGAAUUGUGGCAUGAAUAUGAUUUUUUGGUUCCAUUUCCUAAUUGCUGUGAAAAGUCGAAAGAACAGGCAGAAAAUUUACAUCAACAAAGAGUUGUGCAGUUUCUAUCUGGUUUGAAUGAGUCAUAUGACCAAGCUAGGAGACAAAUUCUUAUGAAAACAAAUGCACCUAGUCUAAAUCAAACCUAUGCUAUGAUUAUUCAAGAUAAGAUUCAACAGAAAAUAGGAGUGAAUGUUGUAACUUCUGAUAAGAUAGAGCCUUUAGCUAUGCAAGCAGGACGAGGAAGAGGUAGGAGACAAUACCUACAAUGUGAUUUUUGUCACCUUAAGGGACAUACUAAGGAAAAUUAUUAUAAGAUUGUUGGUUAUCCUACUGAUUAUACUCCUAGAAGGAGAUAUGGUGAAGGAACAAGGACUCAAGGUGAAUGGCAACAGAACUCAGGCACUGGAAAUCAAAAUGUUUGGAAUGGGACAAAUAAUGGUAAAUCUGGAUGGAAAAAUCAUAAUGUUGGUAAGCAAGGUGGAAAUGGUGGUAAUGCUGGUAAACCAGGUGGCUGGAGAAGAGAACCUAUGGCUAUGGUUAACAAUGCAGAUGUGAGUACAUCUUUUAUGCAGGAUAUGGGUGAUGGCCCCUCUGGAGCUGCUGAGCACAAGGGAUAUCACUACUUCACAAAUGACCAAUACAAUCAGAUUCUAAAUCUGUUGAACAAGGAGUCACAUCCUGAGUCAAGCAUGGCAAACAUGGCAGGUCCAGGAACAAGUGGAGGAGCAGGUGAGGUUAAAUGUCUGAUGAGCAAUUUAACACAAAAAUCACAGGAGAAGGAAUGGGUUGUAGAUUCAGGUGCUACUCAUCACAUCACCUCUGAUUUAGAGUUAUUAUCAGAUGUUAAAUGCACAAAGAAAACUGAUAAGGAUAGAGUACAUCUUCUAACUGGAGAGCAAGCUGAUAUUACUCACAUUGGUAGUGCAAUUCUAUUAGACAAGAGAGAGAUCAAAGAUGUGCUUUAUGUUCCUAAUUUCAAGUUUAACUUGCUCUCAGUAGCAAAGUUAACAAAGGAACUGAAAUGUAAUGCCAAUUCCUUUCCUGAUUGCUGUGUAUUUCAGGAUCUUUGGAAUGGCAAGGUGAAGGGGAUUGGUAAAGAAAGAGGAGGCUUGCUAGGUCACCCAUCUGCAUCAGCAAUGAGACAUGUAGUAGGCUUAAACGAUAAAAACAGUGAAAUAUCACAUGAAAAUUGUUUGCUAAAAUCUGAAGCAAUAGUGGCAAUAAAGCAAUUCAUUGCCAUGGUUCAAAAUCAGUUUGGUAUUGUGAUUAAGGUGAUAAGAUCAGAUAAUGGAUCUGAAUUCUUUAAUGCACAAUGUUCUGAGCUUUUAACAGGUCUUGGUAUAAUUCAUCAAAGCAGCUGUCCUUACACUCCACAGCAGAAUGGCAUAGUGGAGAGAAGGCACAGGUAUAUACUUGACACUGCAAGGGCUUUGAAGUUUCAGGGUUCAAUUCCAAACAGAUACUGGGGGAUGUGUGUUAAGACAGCAGUAUACUUGAUUAACAGGUUGCCAUCAAGUGCUCUAAGGGGCAAAACUCCAUAUGAGUUGUUGUACCACAAGAAUGCUAAUAUUGCACAUUUAAGAACAAUAGAUUUCUUGUGUUAUGCAACAAAUUUAGUCAAAACAGAUAAGUUUGCAGAGAGAACCAAGGCAGCCAUUCUCAUGGGGUACUCUGAGAAACAGAAGGGUUACAUUCUGCUUGAUUUUGCCACAAAGCAAUUCUUUACAAGUAGAGAUGUCAUAUUCAAGGAAUCAAAGUUUCCUUUUUCUAAGAAGGAUGAAAGCAGAUCACAUGAUUCACAGGAGCACAUGGAGCAAGGAAUACUGCAAUUCUCACCUUUACACACACAGCCAGGUGACAACACACUUGAUAGAAGUGCAUCAAUCCCAACAGCAGGAGACAUGAGUCUACAAGACAAUGGGGAAAGUGGUCGACCAGACUUAACAUAA